AUGACCAAAUCUGAGAAUAGCAGGAUUCAGUUUGAUCCAGAAAUUAAGAAGACUACAAAAAGGUUGAGAAAAGCAACCAAGUUGCAAAAACAGGCCAAUUCGGGAGCCUCUCAACCAUCUACCCGAUCCCCUCUGAGCACCGAAGAGACCUCAUCUUCAACACCAACUGAGCCUUCAAUUGACACAAACCAAAGUGACAAUAUGGCCGCAGCUACUGCCGCUGAAGAGCAACCCCUUUGCAUCACAUACCCAAUACUGAAUGCACCCUUGGAAUUACGAACAGGUAUGAUUCAUAUGUUACCAAAAUUCCAAGGCUUGGAGAAUGAAGACCCUCAUCUUCAUCUAAAGGAAUUUUAUGUGGUCUGUUCAAGUAUGAGACCACAAGGUAUAACUGAUGAACAAAUAAGGUUGGUAGCUUUCCCUUCCACUUUAAUUGAAUCUGCUAAAGAUUGGCUCUACUAUUUGCCCCCAAGUUCAAUCACCACUUGGGUGCAAUUUAGAGACUUAUUCUUAGAAAGAUUUUUCCUAGCGACUAAAGCAUCAUCAGUAAGAAAGGAAAAAUUAAUUGCAAGUUGUCUAAAUCAUGGAAUUACUCCAAAAGAGCUUAAUCUUCACUUUUACGAAAGACUUUUGCCAUUAGAACGAAGAAUAAUAGAUGCUCCUAGUGGAGGAGCCAUUGUAGAAAUAGAACCUGAAGAAGGUAAAACUUUAAUCUCCAAAUUAGCGGCCAACUCUAGACAGUAUGGCCAAGAAGAGGACAUUUUAAGAAAUGCCAAUGAAGUAAGUAUUGCAUCUUUAGAUUCUAAAAUUUCACAACUAACAACUGCAAUUCAACAAUUGGCUACAGGGAAUAAUGCACGAACUUAUGGCAUUUGCAAACAAGCAGAUCAUCCCAAAGAUAUGUGUCCUAUCCUUCAAGAAGGAGAGCAACAGGUAAACGCCAUUGGAGGGUUCAAUGGACAACAAUUCAAUGGACAACAAAGGAAGUAUGACCCAUUUUCAAGCACUUACAAUCCAGGGUGGAGAGAUCUUCCAAACCUUAGCUAUGGGAAUAGACAGCAGAACUACCAACCAAGAACCAACUAUCAAGCUGUAAAAUCAGGUCCUUUGAAACAAACAAGAGUUAUACUCCAACUCGCCGAUAGAUCAAUAGUUUAUCCUAAGGGCGUGUUGGAAGAUAUUUUGGUCCAAGUGGGAAGAUUAAUUUUUCCAGCUGACUUUUUUGUCUUGGAUAUGGAAGAUAACAAUUCAUCCAACUCUACAGAUUUAUUGCUAGGAAGACCAUUCCUCAGCACAGCUAGAUCGAAGAUCAACAUGCACGAAGGCACACUUUCAAUGGAGUUUGAUGGAGAAGAGAUUGGAUUUUCUAGGCAAUUCAAGACUUUAGGGAACCUUUUUGGAGAUGGCCAGCGCCGCCUCCACCGCCAUCCACUUCCUCGCCAGAUGCAACCACACGCCAGCGUUUGCAGAUGUGAUGAGUUAUGA